AUUGGGCCCCGCCGGUGGCAGUUCUUUAUCGCCUUGGCGACUCCGGCUGUCUCUCCGCUCGCGGUAAACAGGAGGAAGGGCGCGCAGGCAGCGUUCCGUCCGCAGGCAGCCACUACGUCUAAGCCUUCUGGAAAACACGGAGUCAAGAGGCAGGGGCAAUGCCAGCCCCCUGAUCAUGUUCCAGAUUUCCGAAUUUCAAGACGAAACCUUCGCCGCCGCUGAAAAGGACCCCGCGGAUCUCAAACUGAGUGUCGGGGCCCCCAAGGAUCUCAACAGCCCCUAUCAUGAGAACCCAGAACUGAGACGUCGAAUUGGGUCGGACCAACUAGAUUCGGAGACCUCAGAUGAGGUGGGGGCUUUCCGGGCACGUUCACGCUCCGCCCCUCCCAUCCUGUGGGCCGCGCAGCGAUACGGGCGGGAGCUACGCAGGAUGAGCGAUGAAUUUCACGGUGCCCUGCAGAAGCUGCCGCGCCCCAAAAGCGCAGGGACCUGUUCCCACAUGGACCACCCUCCCAGCUGGAAGGACACUCUGCGGUCAUGGUGGCGCCGAAGUUGCCCGGAGAACGGACCCUCCGGUUCUUAACCGGGUUUUGCUGCUAUCUGUUAUGGGGGUGAAGGGGUGGUGGGAGGGAGAAAUUCGGUGGGGUCUCAGCGGCACCCUUUUCCCUCUGUGAUGUCUCAAAAUUAUUCCCGGUGCCAAGUUUGUUCCCUAGCACUUCCAUUCUUUACGCCACCUACAAGAAGUUUACUCUGGAUCUGACAUUGUGGCACCGUCCAGAUUUUUUACCCUCUGCCCCUUUAACCCUAAAUUAAAUUCUGGGUUUUUUUUUUCCUUCUCAGUAUCCAACACCCCCCAAUUUUCCAGAAUCUCCAUCUUCUUCUUUCUACAAAACCAAGCAAAUUUACCUGGAUUUUAUUUUAACAAGGCCAAAAAAAACCACCAUUGGAUUUUUUCUCUCUCUCAUGUUCACCCUCUGUAUCGUUGCUGUUUAUUUGUCCAAUUCCUAAAGAAAAAUGUAUAUAUAAAGGUUGUUAUUUCUGGCUUC